AUGCCCGAUUGGCAAGUAGAGCGCGUAAUGAUCACACAAUUGGGCGCCGUUUGUCGUAAUCUUUUGGAAAGUUUCGAUGAGAAACCAUUUGCGGCGGCUUCCAUUGGGCAGGUACAUCGCGCUACAUUGAAAGAUGGCAUGCAAGUGGCUAUAAAAAUUCAAUAUCCUGGCGUUGCGCAAAGCAUCGAAAGUGAUAUUGAUAAUUUAGUAGGCAUGCUCAAAGUAUGGGAUGUCUUUCCGCACGGCUUCUUUAUUGACAAUGUGGUCAAGGUGGCCAAACGUGAACUAAAUUGGGAAGUAGAUUAUACACGUGAAGCUGAAUAUACAGAUAAAUUUAAGCAGAUGAUUGCACCUUAUCACGAGUACUAUGUACCGAAGGUCAUUAAAGAAUUGACCACAAGCAGCGUACUGACUACAGAAUUAGUGCCAGGUGUACCAUUGGACAAGUGCUUCGAUUUAAGCUAUGAGCAUCGCCAUCACAUUGCUUCGUCUAUACUCAAGUUGUGCUUGCGUGAGCUGUUCGAGUUGGAAUGCAUGCAAACCGAUCCAAAUUGGUCGAAUUUCCUUUAUGAUGUUGAUACGAAGAGACUAAUGUUAAUUGAUUUUGGUUCAACGCGUUUUUAUCAACGCGUUUUUAUCAUGUUAUCACCGAACAACUCUUCUCCAUCUUCUUCCUCUUCUCGAAUAGUCUGA